GUCUGGACAGCCUCUUCUCUCGCCUUCCCCUCCUCCCUCUCUUGCAUAACUACCCACUGGAAGAAGAUUCAUUUCAUUGCGUGCCUUGCAAUCAGAGGUGGUCUACAAUUCCUCUCUUCUUCUCCUCCUCUGGCAUUAGAGUUUUACUACAUGCCUAAAGUUUUCUGGACAUUGUCUACUAUGAGUCUGUGGAUCCUCUUUGUUCUGGCUUUGCCGAGUGUGGUCGAUGGGAGCCCUGCUGUGACACUCAGGCCUGGAUCAGAAUCGCUGGUCACGUCAGCCCAUACCAACAGCCUACCAGAGACGGCGGAGGACACAGAGGUCUACAAAGAGGGAGGAGCAGUGAUAGAGGAGGGGUUGGAAGCAGAUGCGAUGGCGACUGGAGAGUUGAACCCGAGCCACUACCAUGCUCAGAGGGCAGCCAAAGUGGUCCAGCACUACCUCAACACCCGCCACAGCUCACCAUACCGGCGUUUCGAACUGCUCAGGGUCCACAAAGCCAAUGCAGAGGAGGUGGCUGGCUCUGGGAGGAAGUACCACCUGGAGAUCUCGCUGCAGGAGACGACGAGCAAUACUACAGCGAAAUGCUCUGCAGAGGUGGUCUUCCCAGUGGGUGAAGGUCAGACACCACCCCAGGUCCAGGCUUCAUGCGGUGACUUGUCAAAAAUCAACACCAUGGUUCAGGAAGAGGCGUUAUACCAGCAGUACAAGAUGAGCCAUGCUCCAUUAACUGCACACAACUUGCCUGAUAGUGACGGUCACAUUGACCCGAGUAUGAAACCCUUCUGGUACCUGGGGGGUGUGGCAGCUAGUUUCAUCAUGCUGAAAGAAUCCAACGAAAGCACGCUGUACAACAUGGCUCAGGUGGCCAACGUCACACAACUGGAAACUGAGAACAACCAGCUGAGGUUCAACUACCACGUUUUGGUGCACGACCUGGUUUCCCAGGAAAUUGGCCACUGGAAGCUGCUAGUCAGCUGGUCCCCACCAGAGGGCGUGAAAGUCCUGCAGAUGGAAGAACUGCCAAAGUGUGACUGUGAGGCGCCGCCACUCAAUGCAAAUUGAGUUGUAGUCACGCAAACGUUUCACACUGCACGACUCUGUCACGCUGCGACCUCCAGCCUGUAACGUAUCGUCUUGCUUCACAUGUUGUGUUUCAGUUUUGGGGUGUAAAUGUGUUCAGGGUGUGGCUACAUGGAGUAAGCCGUGAUUUGCUGCUGCGGUUUGUGAAGCGUAUGUGACACACAUACCUUUUGGCUUACCAAAAAAGUUGCGAGCCUUCACUACCAAAAAAGUAUAUAAAUUCACCAUAUGUAGAAAUAUACAUCCUUAAACAAUAGUAUAUUGCUGACGGCAAAAUGUAUCACAGAUAAAAAAAAAAAAAUCUUUAAACUGGAGUC